AUGGCGGCGCCGGGUGCUGCUCCUGAGGCGGCGGCCGCUUCUUCCUCCUUCCUGGGCUUCAGCGUCAGUUCGCGGGACCCCAGCCGGCUCCCCUCGCGGCGGGUGGGCGGCCGGGGCGCCCGGAACCGCAAGAAGGGCUGGAAGCGCUGGCGGGGCCCCGAGGCCGAGCUGGGCCGGGAGCUCGGGGACUGGCUGGAAGAGCGGGCCUCGGAGCUGCGGCACUUGGGAGGACCGGUGUCGGAAAAGCCAAAUGAAAGCCUCUUCUUCGUAGAUACCAGCACCGAACAGCAAGGUCAGAAAGAGAAACCAGCCAAAGAGAAGCCUCUGAAGAUUGACUUGAUCCUACAGCCAGAUUCCAAGGUCCCUCCACCCAAAAACAUCCUUUCGUAUCAGGUCCCCAAUGGCCGGAAGUUGAAACGGAAGCAGCGACUCUGGGAGAAGCUGUCAGAAAGGGGGGUGGUGCCCCGAAAAGAACGGCUCCUUCAGCAGAGGUUACAAAACCCACCGAAAGCCAAGAUAGUCGGAGCAGACAGUGGGACCGAUCCCUCUCGGGAGUUCUACGACAUUUGGGCAGAUUCAAACCCGUUUGAUCAAGCUCUAGCUGGGCAGGAUGCCUUUUUCCUGGAACAAACCAAGAAGCAGCCUGUGCAGCGUCCAGACAGGCUGAAGAAGACCCCAUCCGAGCUGCCAGCCAUGGAGAUCAUCUCCCCGGGUGGAUCUUACAAUCCCAGCUUCCAGUCUCACCAGGCAUUGCUCCUCCAGGCCUUCGAAGCGGAGCUGGUGAGGCAGAAGGCAGCAGAGAGGCUGCAGCGCCAGUUGAAUUUCCCCACCGCCGCGGAGGCCCCCACCCAGGAGUCGGUGUUUCAGGAGCAAUGCGAGGGCCUCAUGGAAGAGGAAUCGGAGGGCGAGGAAGGGCAGGACAGGCCCCAGAAGGAGGAGGACCCGCAGGCAGCCCCCCACCAGGCAGUCUCCCCUCUCUUCACAGCAACGGCGGCCGGAGAGAAGAAAACGGAACGGCAGCGCAAGAAGGAAAAAGCCGACAAGCGGUCGAAAGCCCGCGAGCUCUCCGAGAAGGCUGCCCGGCUCAGGAAACAGGAGCUCUUCCAGUUGAAAUCCAUCCGGCUUCAGCUGAAACAGCGGGAGGCCGAGCUGCAACGCCGGAAGCAGAGACGCCAAGCCAAGCGGAAACUGGAGGCCGUCAAGCCCAAACGGCUGGGCAGGCUCAAGUACGAAGAACCCGACGUGGACGUGCAGCUGAGCAGUGAACUGGCGGAGUCCUUGAGGACGCUGAGGCCAGAAGGCAGCAUCCUGAAGGACCGCUUCAAGAGCUUGCAGAAACGCAACAUUAUCGAACCCCGGGAACGGGCCAAGUUCAAAAGGAAAUACCGGCUAAAAUACGUUGAAAAGCGAGCUUUCCGAGAGAUCGUAUUAUAGAAGCGUGAAAAUUAGCGGGCCGGGAGCUCACACGGAGGCCUCGUGUUUCAUUAAAACUCCACAAAACAA